AUACACCUACCAUGAUAUAAGCACAUUAUCUGAACCGUUAUUUCCAACAGUUUCUGAGCCUAACCUCUGAUCUGGGAUACCACGCAACUCUGAGUUACUGGUUCUGCAAGUGAUAUCGACCGACGUGUUUCCUAGCCGCGACACCUUGGCACUUCACGGAUCCGCCUGCUCUGGAUAUUAUUAUCCUCAAGAAACACCCCAAAGUCCUUUCGAGUCGUGGAUAUGCUAGCACAGUGCAGCCUAGAUGACAGACUCCAAAAUGCAGCUAGAAGACUGGCUCGAUGAUUUAUGUGUUCGAUUUAUUAUCAACUUACCAGAGGAGGAUCUCUCCUCAGUAGCGAGGAUAUGUUUCCAAGUCGAAGAGGCACAAUGGUUUUACGAAGACUUCAUCCGGCCGUUGGAUCCGUCUCUCCCAUCCAUGUCCCUCCGCAGCUUCUGCCUCAGGAUAUUCCAACAUUGUCCCCUACUAUCCGCAUUUUCGAUUGACAAUCACAUGCGAGCCUUUGAAGAAUUCCUCCUAUACAAGACCCGCGUGCCUGUUCGAGGUGCGAUAAUGCUGAACCAAGCGCUAGACGCCGUCGUGCUUGUCAAGGGCUGGAAAAAAGGAGCGAAUUGGAGCUUUCCCAGAGGAAAGAUCAACAAGGAUGAAGAUGAUCUUGAUUGUGCUGUGCGUGAGGUAUACGAAGAGACUGGCUACGACAUCAGGGCUGCUGGCCUGGUCCCGGAGUCAGAAGAAGUGAAAUAUAUCGAUAUCCCUAUGCGCGAGCAGCAUAUCAGGCUGUACGUCUUCAGAGAUGUCCCUAUGGACACUCAUUUCGAACCAAGAACAAGAAAAGAAAUCAGCAAGAUUGAGUGGUACCGAUUAUCAGAUCUCCCUGCUUUCAGGAAGAAAAAUCACCAAACAGGGAAUGACGCCGAGGUUGCAAAGAACGCGAAUAAAUUCUAUAUGGUAGCACCAUUCUUAGUGCCACUGAAGAAAUGGGUUCAGCAGCAGAAGAAGAAAGACUCUGAGCGUGCUACAAGCAAUCAGUAUUUGUCUCAAUAUGCAGAUGAGGGUCAGACUGAGGAAGAGGGCUUUAGAAGCGCAAUCGAGGGCUUUGAAAUGCCAAUUUCAAAUGUUCAUGGAGCAUCGGCCCCCGAGUUGAAUACUAUGGAAGGAGCUACGGCAGCUCUUCAUAGACUAUUGAAGAUACAGCCUGCGACGCAGGGCCUGCAGCCAAACCCUGGCAGCGCUCCCCAAUACCCAGCAGGGAACACCGGUGACGCCCUGCUUGCCAUACUACGUGGAAAGCCCCAAGGCAAAGCACAACAAGCUCCACCUCAACAAGCUCCAACUCAAGUACCUCGUGGCCCGGCAGACUUUUCUUACAAUUCAGUUCCAACGCAGCGGAAUCCGCAGCAGCAGUACCCAAUGAACCCACAGGAGUCAAAUCCUCAGCCAUACAAUGGAGCCUCCAUUGCUUUGGACAACAGGAUGCAAAUCGAACAACAACAGAAUUAUAAUUACCCUGCUCAGCAUCAUCAGUUAUCCAACCCAAUGUCUGGUAUGCGUAUGGCCAACCCUCAGGCGAUCGGGGCAAUUGGGAACCCAGCACCUAGCGCUGGCCAACAACAUCCUGCGAUGCAAGGGAAUGCAAGUUAUGCUGCUGAUCCUGCUUACUUUAUGGGUGCUCAAUUUCCUGGACUACAAGUACAGCCUCAGUUUGGACGCCACCCGCAGUUCUUGCAACAUCCACAACCACUCCCGCCACAAGUCCAUCAAGGCGUAUUUACUGGUCGCCAGGGCCACGGUCCGAUACCUCAGUUUAUGCAGCAGGCUAGUCAACAGAAUAUGCUACAGAUUCCUCAGCAGCGCCCAUCUCAAUUCUCUCCUCCAAUGCAACCGGAUCUACCAAACGUACACGAACCUGUAAUGUCGCCACCCAAACCGACGCCACCUCAAUUGACCAGCCACUCCUUGGCCCUCUUGAACGCGUUUCGUGGUCAAGAUAGGGUGGUGCCAGACAGCAAAGUUUCAAACGGUCAUCCACUAUCGAGAUACACUCAGGGGCACGUAACACCUACUACACAACUUCAAGAGCUUCCAAGCGAGCACCUUUUGCAAGAGCAACCAAAUGUCAACCGCCCUGUAGCAAGCUACGAGCAAAGGCCACCGCCACAGCAAGACUCCCGCAGCAUGCUCGUCGGAUCGCCGCCAGCCGACAUGCAUAAAUCAGCACUUCUAAGUCUAUUUAAGACCCCUACGGCCACUGCUGCUCGUAUGGCAAAACCAAUUUCUGCAGAGCCUCCUCAGGUUCCUCCAAUGCUAACGGCAAUGGAUACUCGGCCUGCAGUAUCCCCUGCUUCCAUUACGAGGGCCCGUCGACCGCAUCCUGAUGGCAACUUAGCUUUUGCUAGGCCAAAGCCUGACGGUAGACCUGAGGUUCAGCCUCGCGCACCAGAGCAACAGCAGCCAUUUAGGCCGACUGCUAUCCUAUCACGCCCUGCCCAGUCAGGUUCGAAACCGUCGACUCCUCAGCCGCGGCAGCCUUCGCAAGCUCAGCAGGCCCAGCAGCCUCAGCAGCAUCGACAACCAGCGGCCAAUGGCAAGGGAGCGAGGAAAGCGGGAGGCACUCCGAAGCGCCAGGCUGAUGUUGAGGCACCACAACAAGCACCGAAACCCUUUGCGCCUCAGAUCUUGAAGCGACCAGCACAAGGCCCUCCAAUGCCUCCAAUGCCCGCAGAGCUUUCUGGUAUCAGCCCGACUAGAGUAUCACCACCAGUGUUGCCAACUAUCGAUUCGCAGCAUGCGGCCCAACCUACGCCUCCUCCCGGGCACAAGCAGGCUCUACUUUCGCUGUUCAAGAAAUUGCCAGAACGAGCGCCACCGGGACCCGCCGAGCAGCAGAAGCUUGGUGCCGAGAGGCCUUUUGCUUCUGGUGGAGAGAAUACUGGAGCGAGGGGGGCCAGAAGGACCAGCAACCAGGCGCCUAUGUCCCCAACGGAUAAGGGAUUCCUACUGGGCUAUCUUGAUACUAUUGCCAAAGGAGGGCUUUAGAUGAUAGAUAUGAGACUUCGGUGGUUGUUAAGCGAUAGCUGUUAUAUAGUGAUGGGUUUAGGCAUUAGAAGGGGGAUAUUGGGAUCAGAGUGAUAGUUAUUGCAGGUUGCGUUGAGUUCGGAGUAGAUGUGAAUACAUUCAAAGAAGCAUGCAUCGGUCACUUAUAAACUCCUAUGUAAGGGAUGAAAGUUGAAGCAGUUUCCAUCCGAAAUACAAUUUGUCGAAGACUUCAUUUCCCGCCUUUGUUUGUCCCAAUCAUGGCUGCUCCACCACAACGUAGAGUCUAUAGUCACGCCGAGGGAUUGGGUCUAAUGGAUAGCGGUAAGAAAGCUUACCGUCUCACCGUGUUUUGUCGUCACCGUCUCGUCUUCUCGUCACUGCUCAUCUCAUCUUCUUCCCCGCUUCGUCUCAUGCCGUACGAUUGUUUGGAUCAUCAUUAAAAGGGUGUUUUGAUUGCUCAUUAUGAUCAUUAUGACAACUUUGCGGU